AUGGCCGUGGAUGGGGGAGGUCUUCAUUUCCGCGGAGGAUCGAGCGUGGCUGACGACAACGACGACGACGAUGUGGAGAUCAGCAGGCAGGGGUAUCGCCGGCCAUUCGAUCAGCAGCGCAGAGAGACGCAACGAGACGAAGGGAAAACGACCGAAUUCAAGCGCGAAUUCGUCAAGCAAGAAAUGGACGAUAAUGCAGCACUUGGGAAGCGGCCAGACUCUACGGAGAGCCUGCAAGACAUCGAUGCUGCAGACAAGAAGACUGCAAGCGCUGCCGGUGACAAGCGGCACGCGUGCGGGCAGUGCGGCUUUCCCCACUUCGAGACGCACACGGGCGAGAAGCAGUACGUGUACGCCGUGUGCGGCAAGGGCUUCGCGCACGACUUCAACUUGAACCUGCGAGUGAGGUCGCAUACGGACGAGGUCGUACGUUUGCGAGGAGUCGGAAGGGUUGCCGCAGGCCUGCAACUUGAACCUGCGAGUGAGGUCGCAUACGGACGAGAGGUCGUACGUUUGCGAGGAGUACGGGAAGGGUCCGCGCAGGCCUGCAACUUGAACCUGCGAGUGAGGUCGCACACGGACGAGAGGUCGUACGUUUGCGAGAGCCUGCAACUUGAACCUGCGAGUGAGGUCGCACAUGGACGAGAGGUCGUACGUUUGCGAGAGUACGGGAAGGGUUCCGCGCAGGCCUGCAACUUGAACCUGCGAGUGAGGUCGCACACGGACGAGAGGCCGUACGUUUGCGAGGAGUACGGGAAGGGCUCCGUGCAGGCCUGCAACUUGAACCUGCGAGUGAGGUCGCACAUGGACGAGAGGCCGUACGUUUGUGAGGAUUGCGGGAAGAGUUUUCCCGGCUGCUCCGACAUGAAGAGGCACGCCAGGACGCACGCGGGCGAGAGAACGUACGUGUGCGACGAGUGCGGGCAGGGGUUCACGCAGGUGGACAGCUUGCACGUGCACGCAAGGAAGCACACGGGGGAGAGGCCGUACGUGUGCGCAGUGUGCGGCAAGGGGUUUGCUUUGCGUCGCCACCUUCAGCGGCACUCGGUGACUCACGGGGAGUGA